AUGGCAUCAUCAUUCGCAUCCAUCCUGAAGGACACCAGUCUCUUCGUCGAACGCUCCUACAUCAAUGGCCAGUGGGUAUCCUCUAACUCCAACGCCACAUUCAAUGUUACGAACCCCGCAAACGAAGCACAGGUUGGCGUGGCCCCUGAAUCCACCCUGGACGACCUGAACGUGGCCAUCGAGGCCGCCGCCCAAGCAUUCCCCACCUGGCGGUCCGUGCCAGGCCGUCAGCGGGGCCGGAUCCUGCGUCGCAUCGCGGAUCUCCUGGUCGAGAACAAGGAGGACAUUGGCAAGAUCAUCACCGCCGAGAACGGCAAGGCCAAGGCCGACGCCGAGGGCGAGGUCAUGUUUGCCGCCAGCUUCUUCGAGUGGUUCGGCGAGGAGGCGCCCCGGAUCUACGGCGAUAUCAUCCCCCACAGCAGCGCCGCGGGCCGGACGCGAGUGAUCAAAGAGCCCGUCGGCGUGUGCGGCUUGAUCGUGCCGUGGAACUUCCCCCUGGCCAUGGGCGCGCGCAAGGUCGCGGCGGCCCUCGCCGCGGGAUGCACGGUCGUGAUGAAGUCGGACGGCCUGACGCCCUUUGCGUCGAACGCGAUGGCGGUGGUGGCGGAGCGCGCGGGCGUGCCCAAGGGUGUCUUCAACGUUGUGACGGCGCUGGACAACACGCCCCAGCUGGGCCUGGCUAUGUGCGAAUCGGAUGUCAUCAAGAAGAUCUCCUUCACGGGGUCGACGCGCGUCGGCAAGCUGCUGAUGAAGCAGUCUAGCAGCACGCUGAAGAAGCUCAGCCUGGAGCUGGGCGGCAACGCGCCGUUCAUUGUGUUCAACGACGCCGACGUGGAGACGGCCAUCAGCAGCGCGCUCAUCAGCAAGUUCAAGGUGACCGGCCAGACCUGCGUGUGCGCCAACCGGAUCUUCGUGCAAGAAGGCAUCUACGAGCGAUUCGCGCAGCGGUUCGUCGAGGAGGUCAGCAAGUUCAAGGUGGGCAACGGGUUGGAGGAUGCCUCUGUGACCCACGGCCCGUUGACCAACGGCGUGGCCAAGGUGGAGGAGCAUAUCAAGGACGCGGUGAGCAAGGGGGCCAAGGUUCUUCUGGGCGGCAACCGGCUGCCGUCGCUGGGCAAGAACUUCCACGAGCUGACCAUCCUGGGCGAUGCCGACGAUAGCAUGCUGGUGGCGAAGGAGGAGACCUUCGGGCCUAUAGCCGCCUUGAUGAAGUUCACGACCGAGGAUGAAGUCGUCCAGCGCGCGAACAACUGCGAGGUCGGAUUGGCGUCGUAUCUCAUCACGAGCGACCUGGCCAGGUCGCACCGGGUCUCGGAGAGACUCGAGUUCGGCAUGGUUGCGAUCAACACUGGUGCCAUAUCCGACGCACCGGCACCAUUCGGCGGCGUCAAGCACUCCGGGAUGGGACGUGAAGGCAGCAAGUAUGGGCUUGACGACUACAUGACGAUUAAGAUGAUUACGACGGGGGGGAUCAACACAGUGUACACGCGGUUGUAG